AUGCCUUGGAAAAGAAACAGUUGCCAAUGUCCGCCGGGUGCCUACGUGACCAUCAACUCGGAUGGCCUGGUCUACAACGAUAUCUUGAGCAUUACUGACGAGGAUGUCUACCAUUACGGCAGUGGGCUCCGACAAAUGGCCGUUACGAAGGGAUUCAACCGACUGAAGUUCCUGCGUAUGAUGGACCUCAUUGGCCUUCAUGACUCGCCAGAUAUGACCAAGGAGCAAUACCUUGCAACCGUCGGCAUGUCGCGCAAGACACUGGCCGAGAAGUACGGGGAUCCAGACUUCAACGCACGUCAAGCCAUUCUGAAGGAUCCAGACAUGGACCUCACCUACUGCGGGUACACCAUAUGCCUCGAGGAGGAUCUUCACUACACCCCCGUUAAACUGAAGCGGUCAGCAGCCAUGCUUACAGACGAGCUGUGA